AAAAGAAAUGGAUUCACCACUACAGUCAUCAACGCCUCUAUCAGAAUAUAUGAGAUCACCUACAUUAGAAGCUUUAUAUCAUGACUUGGAUAUGUUUAUUAACGAAUUAAGUGCAAAUAAUGAUGAUAAUGAUAAUAAUAAUAGUAUUCUUGAUACGAAAAACAUACAAAGAUUUUCUAAUGAAAUAACUCCACUUGAAUUAAAACAAUCCUUGGUAAGUUAUUAUUUUCUUUUCCUUCCUGUGUUAAACUUGUAUUAUAGGAAAAACGAGAAUAUACUUUUACUACUACAAAUGAUAAAUUUGUAAGCCCAGACUAUUCUCAUGUACCUGACCAUUCUUCUCGUUUGAAUUAUGAAAAUAACAAUACUAUUGAAAAAGGAGAAAAGACAAUUGCAUCCCUAUCUAUUAACAGUAAUAAAUCUAACUCACUCAUGUUGACAUCAUCUUCAUCACCACUAUUAUUUCCUUCUAAUUCCUCUUCACCUAGACUUACGCCUACUUCACCGCUCUCUCCUUCUUUUAUACGAACAGAUAACAGUACAAACACCAAUUAUACCAACAAUGGAAACAUGAGUGAUGACUAUAUAUUUACAACCAGAUCUAGUUCAUUAAAUCGAGCUACCUCUUCAUCUGGCAAAUCCAUCAUUGUUCAACUUUCUUCUUCUUCUUCUUCUGCCUCUUCUCCUCGACUCCUUCAUCAUAAACAACCACUUCAAUUCAUUUCUAAUCCAGCAUCACCUCUUGCUUAUGAAAUCAAGAUACCAAUUUACAACAAUGAAAACUUGAUGGACAUUCCCAAUUAUGCAUUCUUGUCUUAUAUAGCAGAACAAUUCAUGGAUGCUGUAAAAUCACUUAAUGAGAGAAGGAGGAUUUAUUGUUCAGCAGAAUAUCCUUCAAGCUUUAAUGGUGAGGAAGCUAUUGAGAUUAUCCGUUCCUUUUCUCCCCCAGAGCUCAGUGAUGGCAUUUAUCAAGAUAUCGCUCAGAGUUUGAUGUGUUCUAAUCCACCCCUUAUUGUCCCUAUUGAUUCUUCAGAGAGGUCCAUUAGGAAAAAUAAAUUUUAUGCAAACUCUACAGAGGCUUAUACAUUAGUAGAAGCAACAACAUUGAAUGAUAUGCAAGGUAUUUAUACCCCCUUGACACGAUGCUAUUCCAUGAGUUGUUUGCCAGGUCAAGCAGGUUGUUACUCUGCUUCUUGUCCAAAUAAACUCUUUUCUCUAAAUGGGUCUAUUUUUAAAAAGCCAAAUGCUAUGUCUGUUCUUUCCUCUUCCUCUUAUGACACGACUCUUUCUCGAGCUUGGUCAGCAACAGUACCUAAAGAGGUUUUAAAGUCAUUACCAGAUGAUGAGAUUAAAAGGCAAGAAGCAAUACAUGAAGUCAUUUAUACUGAGGAUGAUUAUGUUCGUGAUUUGAAGAUUUUAGAUAAUGACUUUGCUAAAGAACUUUUAUCUUCGCAGUGUAUUGAAGAAUUCCGUAAAAAAGAAUUUCAUGAUAAAGUACUCAACAAUUAUGAAGAAUUACUUUACAUUCAUGACGCUCUUUAUAAGGAACUUCGCGAUUAUCAGGCUAUCUGUCAAGUCAAUAAUCCAAAUGGUAUUGUAGAUAAAAUUGGUGAUAUCUUUUUGCGUCAUGUGUCUCGUUUCAAGAAUGCUUAUCUACGUUAUGGUCCACAUGUUGUUCUUGCUGAGUAUUACGCUAAAUUAGAAGCAGACACAAAUAUGGUCUUUCGUCAUUUUAUUAAGGCACGUGAAUCAUUAGCACAAUGCCGUCGUUUACCCUUCCGUCAUUUCAUCAUUCUGCCUGUCACACGUCUUCAACGAUAUGGACUCCUGUUAGGUGCCGUUCUUAAAAAGACCCCUGAGGAUCAUCCUGAUAAAAUAGAUCUGACAGAUUGCAUUGAACUCAUACGACAUGUAGCUGAAGCAGUGGAUGAAGCCACUGUAGGAACAAAAAACACAUUACGCAUUUAUGAGAUACAACAGCGUCUUCGCUUUAAGCCAGAUGAUAUCAAAAGUCAACAAUUACUGGACUUGAAUCGACCUGGUAGACGAUUAAUAAAGGAAGGAGUAUUAAUACGUAAAUCACAUGUUGUAGAAGCAGUUGACAUUCAUCUCUUUCUUUUCGAUCAUGCUUUAUUGAUGACAAAAGUCAAGAAGUCUCCUACUAAGAAGGAGGAUGUUGAAUACGCCAUCUCAAAGAACCCUAUCCCUCUCCAUUUAUUACAUGUUCAAGACGCAACAGAAGGAUUUUCAAUUGGCAUAAGAACACUAAGCAAUGCAAAUUAUACCACCUCAACCAUGACAUCUACAACAAAUACGCUUACACAUGUCAAUAGUUCAACCUUUGGUGUUAGUUAUCCCAUUCUAUUACAUCACCUUGGACGACAUGGUGGAGAGUAUAUAUUAUAUGCAGAUAAUGCAGCGAGUCGGUUAGAUUGGAAAGAGAAAAUUAUACAGGCUAAAUCUAUGAAGGAAAUGGCAGAGAUUGAAAAACGAGUGUUUGAAAUACGUACAUUAAGUGAUAAUACAUUUGCGAACAAUAAUUCUUCUUCAAGUAGUCAGAAUCAUGGUAAAGUGACUUGUACAGUACCUUUUAUUGGACCAACAGGUAUUCGAAUGAUAGCUAUUGGAACACAGCAAGGCAUUUGGAUGGGUAUUGAAGGAGACACAAAUACGAUACGACUUGCUUUAACACUCUCUGAUGUGCAACAAAUUGCAGUAUUAGAAGAUCAUCAUAUUUUUCUAAUUUUAGCAGAUAAAACACUAUAUGCAUAUGCACUAGAUCCGUUGAUUCCUAGGGAAUACUUUAGGCCUCAAAGCACCAAAUCAACACAUGUUGAUAAACCUCAUCAGAAAAUUGCACAACAUAUCUCAUUUUUUCAUUCUGGUAUAUGUAAUGGACGAACGAUUAUAAUUGCCAUGAAAAAACGAGGGGUUGACAGUAACUUUAAAGUCUUUGAGCCUCUUUGUGGUGAUUUACGCAAUCCAGUCAACAGCCAUAAAUUCCUUAGCAAAAAAUCUGGAUUUUUUCAAAACAAGAUACCCUCCUGGUUCAAGAUUUGUAUGGAAUUUUAUAUUGGCACAGAAUCUUAUGCGAUUCAAUUCCUUAAAGCACGUAUAGUCGUUAUUUGUUCACGUGGAUUUGAAAUCAUUAACUUGGAAGCUCUCAACAUGAAUCGUAAUUUACCUGAUAUGGCCCAUCCUGACUUUGCAUUUAUAGCACAGCACUCAGAGAUACGACCCUUGGGCAUGUAUCGUUGUCGAGAAUAUUACCUGUUAUGUUAUGAUAUGUUUGCAUUUAUGGUAGAUGUUCAUGGUACUUUAGUCAAGGAUGCUCACAUCAUUGAAUGGGAAGGUGUGCCUCAAUCAGUAGCCUUUUAUUAUCCUUAUGUGAUUGGCUUUGAUUCAAGAUUUAUUGAAGUUCGACAUAUUGAAACAGGAGAAUUAGUGCAAAUCUUGGCUGGUACAAAUAUACGGUGUCUUCAAUUUAUUCAGCAUUCUAUUGCACCUGUUAUCCAUGGCUCUAUGGGACAUCCAUUUAAACCUGAUUUUCAAUAUAUUUUCCAAUUAGCAGGUCUAUUUGAACCUCCCCUUUUAACAUAAUGCAUUAUUAUAGAAAAAAAAAAAAAAAAUGAAAA